AUGUGGGAAGUAGGGGACUACUUUCGCCGACCGCUAUCAUUCUGGAACCCGACGGCCAAAAAGCAAUCCCGCGAAACCGCCAUUCCCACCGGCUCAGUCUGGCUGCCAGGAAUCCCCUCCUACUCCAAAUGGCGCAACAGCGCCUGCGACUGCCUUGACAUUCUCCAUUGGACCGCAAACAGCACAAUAGCUAAAGCCGCCGGCCUGGAGCACCCAACCGUCCUCCACCUGCACGCCGCCCGACUCUUCCUCCUCGCCCCAUUCCGCGAAAUACGAUCCCUCGCCACAGCUCUCGCGACCGAAAAGCUGCGCUUCAGCAAACGCCACCAAUCUCUCGAGUGGCAGUACAUCUGGCGCUGGAUGAAACACGACCAAUACAAAGCCCGGCUGUCGAUCAUCCACGCCGGCGUAACCCUCUGGCACGUCCGCCGCUACUCCACGAAUGCCUUCCACGAGCCGCUUGCAGCGUUCAUUGCUGUCCUGACGCUGUGGGCGUAUGGAUCUUGUCACGCGCAUACAUCGCACGAGUCGAGUCCGCAUUCCCAGGCUCGUGCCGAACCCCUACAUGAGCCGAGUUUCAUUCAUUUGGACCGGCCGUGCGAUGAUGAGCUGGUGCAGCUUUUUGUGAGGGAGGGCCAUGUCAUGAGGGGCAACGUUACUGGUGUUGGUGAUAUUUGUGGGGCUGAGGGGCCUGAGAGGGUCUUGCGAGUUGGGUGUGAGAUUCUGGCGGGCUUGGAUGCGUGGAGUAUCUCGAAGAAGUUCAUCGCGAUCUUGACCAGGCUUGCUGAUUUGAGUUCGUGUAACUCGUCUUGGGAACAGAAUACCAGGCGUGGGUCGGACCAUGUUUGA